UUUAAAUUACAUUUAAACCGAAGAUUAAAAAAAUGCCACACAGUUUUGUUUCACCGGCGUCAUUUUUAUCAUCGAGGUGCAACUAUGCGAUGGAAAAAUUCAAUUCGUUGAUUCUCCGUUACAAUUCCAUUUUCGAUGAAAUACCAGACGAUCCAGGAUGGAAAGUAUCGAAGUCUCAAAUCGGCGGCAAAGGUAUCCUAGCGACUAGAAAUUUCAACCCUGGUGAUAUAAUAUUUAAAGACCACCCACUAAUAGUAGGUCCUCGAUCUAUUCCUGAUCAGAAGCCAAUUUGUGUAGGAUGUUAUAAAAAUGAGAAUUUAAAAUUAUGCUCGAAAGGUUGUCGUUUAAAUGUUUGUAAUCAGUGUGCGAAUAACGACGUUCAUUUUUUCGAAUGUGAUUAUCUGAAAAAACUUCGAUAUAAAGAUGAAAAUGAAAGUGAGAAAAAAAUAAUACGAGUUUUGACCCCACUGCGGUGUUUAACGUUCGACGAUGUCAAGAAGGAAAUUGUUAAUCAUCUCCAUAAACUUAAUGGCCCUCAGCAAGGUCUGGAGGUAGAACUGCUAAAACGAUUAACCAUUUCGAAAAUCCCAACACGAGAUGAACGUUUUAUGCGCCUAUGCUGCAGCGUAUUAGAUGCAAACGCUUACGAAAUUCAGUUAGCUGGUAAACACGAAAAUAUCCGCGGAUUAUAUCCGAUGGCUUCUGUGAUGAAUCAUUCGUGUGCACCGAAUACCAGACAUGAUUUCACCGAUGACCACGAAAUGAUAAUCAAAGCUACUAAAGUAAUUCCAGCCGGUACAGAGAUCACGACUACGUACGCCCCUUUGCUGCUGGGUACGCCUGCAAGAAGACAUUUUCUAAAUAAAUCGAAACAUUUCGAAUGCAGAUGUUCUAGGUGUAAAGAUUUCACUGAAAAUGGAACUUUUUUAUCUGCAUUCAAGUGCAGAACUCCAUCUUGCGAUAGUAUUUUACUACCAAAAGAGCCAUUAAAUUUGUUUACAACGUGGCGUUGUCAAACCUGCGAUUUAAUUUUGACCGCUGACAAAGUAGCAAUUUUACAGAAUGUAAUUGCAAACGAGAUAUCGAAGCUGGAUGUUGCAUUUCCGGCACAGAUAGUGCAGUUUGUAAAUACAAAUAGAAUCGUGGCAACGUCGCAUCAUGCCAUUGUUCAAUUCAAAUAUAUUUUGUUGAAUGUCAUCGGAUACUCGGAUGGUUAUAAGUGGUCAGAACUACCGCAUGAUCUGCUUCAGUUGAAGAGGACGAUAUGCUUGGAAAUACUAGAAAUUGUGGAUAGAUUAUCUCUAGGCCAAUGCCAAAUAAAAGAGGUUUGCUCAUUCGAAUUACAAGAAACUGAUAAAGAACUGCAACGAAGAAUGUAAAAUUUUGAAAUGGAGACUGCAAAAUAAUGCAGAUAAUUAUAUCAAUAAAAUAAUCCCAAAAUACCUUCGUGAAAUGAAUAAAUGAAAUUUCACAUGACAUAA